ACUUGGGAAAUGAUGGUAUGAUCUGGGGUCGGGACGAUCAAGAACAUUGGUCUCACCUGGCCUCCGUACCUCAAACCAGCCUUGGUGGUCGGGUUGAACAAGAGACAGACGUGUUCAAAAAUAUUUUCGAAACGACGGAUCCCACUUCUCCACUCCGGGUUCAUAUCGGUUUGAUCGGGUUGGCCGUCUUCAACCUUGCCAGCGGGGAGGAAGUUCACAUGGGUGACUACGAGUUCACACGCAGAAUGUCACUACGCAGAAUCCUGAGCCAACUUGUGGAGUACAGCCUCUAUCCACUACGCAGAGUAUCGAUACAAACUGUUCAAGCGGUUGCCGUGGCCAGCGGAUCGACUCAGGGAGGGCGGAUGGGUUCAAAUCCCACCACGAAUUGACUCAAUGAUCCGUAUGUUUAGAAUCCAUAUCGCUGAUUACUUGAGUAGAACAAUCGUACUGAUUCCGUCCAGAACCCAGAGGACGCUGGGAUGUGAGUUAAGGUGAUCUCCGACAUCCAAGGAGCUUGAGGGAGAGGACGUGACUCGAGGUGCGAACAUCCACUGGACCGGUCUUGUGCGUUUCCGAUGUGUACGUACUUGUCUUGGCUCUUGUCAUAUGUGUUCCCUCAGCUGUAUGGAACGGUAUGACCGAU